AUUUUACGUGAAUACAGCAGUAAGUUGUAAUACAGGGAAUAUGAAUAGGCAAGAGGAUCGCAAUAAGGAAGCUUCUGUAUAUGUCGGAAAUAUUGAAGACAGAGCAACAGACUCUUUAAUAUGGGAGUUGUUUUUGCAGGCAGGUCCUGUCGUCAAUGUUUAUCUUCCCAAAGAUAGAGUUACUCAGAUGCAUCAGGGAUACGGAUUUGUAGAGUUUAUGACUGAACAGGACGCAGAGUAUGCUUCAAAGGUCAUGAAUAUGGUUCGACUGUAUGGUAAACCUUUGCGAGUGAACAAGGCAACGUCAGAUAAGAUGGCAUUGGAUGUUGGUGCAACAUUGUUUAUAAGUAAUCUGGAUAUGACAGUAGACGAAAAGGCACUCUACGACACAUUCUCAGCAUUUGGAAUGAUUGCAUCCACACCAAAGAUCUCGCGAAACCCAGAAACAGGAGAGUCGAAAGGAUAUGGAUUUGUUUCAUUUUCCACAUUUGAAGCAUCCGAUGCUGCGAUUGAAGCAAUGAAUGGACAGUUUUUGGCGAAUAGAGCUAUUGCUGUUUCGUAUGCUCUCAAAAAAGAUGGCAAAGGGGAGCGACACGGAUCUGCAGCAGAGCGGUUGCUGGCAGCACAGUCUGGAAAGACUACCGCGCUGGUUCCGAACCAAAACUUUGCAGACAUUCCUUCAGUUCCAUCUGCUGGAGCAAGAUAUUCUGAUAUGCCAGCAGCAGGAUUCGGCUAUCCAACACAUGGCACCAAGUCUGGACCACCACCAGGAUUUAACCCUACUCCUGGAUAUCCUGGUUUCAAUCCAUCACCUUCAGGUUACAACGGUCCUCCUGGAUUCAACCCUAAUAUGGCUCCUGGAUUCAUCCCACCUACAAUGGGUGUGCCUCCAGGAUCAUAUCCACCACCUGGGUUUACAAUGCAGUCAACACCACAGAUGCCCUGGAAUGCCAAUGCUGGGCGAUAACUUAGUCCACGCGACUCCGCCGUAUUCACGUAAAAUGACACUUUUGUAUUGAUCUUGGACUGAUUGUCUUGGAAUAAACGAUGGUUAACU